GUGGCCUUCCCAGCGGCGGCGUGACAGAAGACGAUCGCCGGGGAGGCCGCGGGUCGGGCGUCUAUUCCCCGUAGAUGGCUCGCACAACAACAAAGUCCUUCAGUCAACGGGAUCGGAACUUCGUUUAAAUGAGAGUCGCGUCUGGAUCUAUGUGCUACAUAUAUGGGGUAAAAAAAUAAAAAGCUUAAAUAAUGAAGAGGAGAAAUGUUGACUGCUCCAAGCUUCGUAGACCGAUAAAACGGACCAAAAUUGGUGAAGGAUUGUACGGAAGCACCUUUGUGUACAUCAAGUUUCUCCUGGUAUGGCUGCUUGUGUUGGCGGCAGAUUUCCUGCUGGAGUUCCGCUUUGAGUACCUGUGGCCUUUCUGGCUGCUCUUGCGCAGUGUCUACGACUCUUUUCGCUAUCAGGGUCUCGCAUUCUCUGUGCUGUUCGUGUGCAUGGCACUAACAUCGGACAUGAUCUGCCUUCUCUUCAUACCGGUGAAUUGGCUCUUCUUUGCUGCAUCCACAUAUGUUUGGGUCCAGUAUGUGUGGCACACAGAACGUGGAGUGUGCAUGCCCACAGUUAUUUUGUGGGCUCUCUUCAUUUAUAUAGAGGCAUUGGUACGCCUCAAAGAUAUAAAAAAUGUCCCCUUCCAUUUAGAUCUGUGCAGACCCUUUGCUGCACAUUGUAUAGGGUACCCAGUAGUAACUUUAGGGUUUGGCUUGAAAAGUUACGUUGGGUACAGAUUGAGACAGAGAAAGCAGCGUGAAGUUGCAAAAGAAAAUGAAUUUUAUUUGCAACUACUCCAAGAGGCAUUGCCCCCAGAGUUGCAAGUCACAUCUAGUCCUGAUAAGUGUUUCAAGGAGAAGAGUGAAGAUCUCAUAAUUAAUGGUGAGGUGGAAGUUGCUGCUGCCACAAUCAACCAUACAGGAGGGAACUGCAACCUCAGUAGUAGCUGCAGUAGUAGCAGUAGUAGCAGUAGCAGCAGUAGCAGUAGUAGCAGUAGUAACAGCAGCAACAGCAGUAGCAGCAGUAGCAGCGGAGGUGGUGGUGGUGGUAGUGGAAGUGGAGGGGGAAAUAGCAUGGGAAGUGGUAGAGGGAGCAGAGGGUCCCGGGCAGAUUCUAAGUUGCCCGAACAGUACCCACCAGAAGAGAAUGCACCGCCACUGCCCAUGCACCGAACUGAAAAGCACCGCCUACCAAAUGGCACCAUCCAUGCGGAGCUGGAAUACAUGCAAAAGAAAGGGUGGCCAAAUUCAAAGUCAGUUAAUGACUACGUUGAAAUCGAGGCGGAGCGGGACAAGAGUGCGAAAACCAGCUCUGGAGGCAGCACACCCUCGGGGGGAUCUUCUAUUUCUCAGACUUCUGGGAUCAACACCAUCAUAGAGACUGAGAAGAAGCGUGUCAAUGCCUCAGUUCAGAGUAAUGGUUCAGCAAAAAUUCCUGGAUCACAUACAAAUAACUUACGAGAUUCAAGUUCGGGAGGUGGCGGGUCUGCAUCCCGAGACAAGAAAAAUAAAAACAAAGAAAGCAACAAAGACAGUUCUCAUGGUUCCAAAGAUGAGACUGUCACGCUAAUUCGGCUUGAAGCAGAUAUUAAGAGAUUGAAAGCAGAUCUGCAAGCUUCUCGUCAAACAGAACAAGAACUGCGCAACCAAAUUAAUACACUCAUCUCCAGUGACAAAAUCACCCGACAGGAGAUGAACCAGUUGCAGCAAGAUAAUGAUAACUUGCAAAAUAAACUACACGGGUUGGUAACAGCUCGUCAAAAUGAUAGGUCAACUAUCAGUAGCCUGGAGCGUCGACUGCAGGAAGAAAGGCGUAUCCGCACCAACGCAGAGAACCAGGUGGCACAGCUCGAACGUCGACAGAAGAAAGUCGAGGAGCAAGCACAAGCCAGAGCACAUGCCUUGGCCAAUGCAAAAACUGAGUGCAGUGAGGCUUGCCGCAAUCGCCGAAGUGAGCUUGAGGCAGAGGUGAAGCGUUUGCGCAGGGACCAUCGGCUUUCAGAAGAACGCGUCAGAACCAUGGAACGUGAGAACCUUGCUCUGCUGCAAUACAAAGAUAACCAAAAUGAUACAGAGGUACUUAUGUCUGCUCUCUCUGCCAUGCAAGACAAGAACACACAUCUGGAGACCUCACUUUCUGCUGAGACUCGAGUGAAGCUUGAUCUUUUCUCGGCUUUGGGCGAGGCCAAGCGCCAAUUGGAAAUAUCACAGAGCUUGGUGUCUACUAAGGACAAGGAAAUUGAAGAGCUGAAGGCAAAGAUUACUGAAGUACUGGCAGUGUGUCCUCCAACAAGUUUUACAAAUACAUCUUUGGAUACAACACCCAUUCAUUAUACGUCAAAGCUUCUGCCCCAAGUAACAACCUCGGCCAUCGACCCCACAGCCUCCCUGGUGAUGGUGGAUGGAUUGAUGGACUCAUCACUGGACUCCCUCUGUGGGCUCGGUUUCUCCCCCACAAGCCACACCCGUCCCCACACCAUCUCCCCCCCCUCUCCCCUGUCUCCCCCGGCACCCAUUUCCCCCCCGGCCCCCACCAACCCACAACACUCCACGCUGGACCCCAAUGCCCGCGUCUACACUCCCAAGGGUACGGUGACAUCUGAGGCUUAAGUUCUGGCCCUGGAAUAGCAAGACUUGAAAAUAAAAAACAAAAACAAAAACAAAAACACAAAAAAAAAACUUAAAAAAAGCUUUUGAAGGUUUUUGGCUUUAAUUGUGGUAACUACCAUAUUUGUUUUGAAUUUGAUAUUGUGUGUGCUAGAGAUUGAAAAUGGGAAAGGAGUCAUUUCGUAGCCAAAUGUGGUGGUCAUUAUCAUUUUAUCCUUAAACUAUUCAUUUUGCUGUGUCUGAAGCCUGUGUGUUGGCUGGUUAGUAGUCAUCUACAACUGCUGGCAUAGAAUUAAAACUAGUUGCAGAAAUAAAGAGAAAAAGAAUCUUUUGAAUAAAAUAAAAUAAAACCAGUGAGAUUUGUGUUUUUCAUAGAAACAACAGUUUAAUGGAAUAUAUUCAUGCAUCAUGCUGUACUGGUGUAGAUAUGUUACAAUGAGUAAAAAAAACAUAAACAAAACAAAAAAACAUUAAUACAGAGCAUUAUACUUGUUAUUUUUAGGCACACAUAUUUAUUUUGGUUUUGGUUUAUCAGUAGAAUGAUUUUGAGGAAAGACUCAAAGAUGUUUACAAGAAUAUUGUCCUAAAAGUAAAUAAGAAUUAUAGGCCGAGAGUCUAGCUAAGUAAGAAAUGUACAUCAACUUUGAACCUAUUACAUAUGGUUAAUCUGUCAUUCUCACAAGAACAGGGACCCUUGCUUUUCAGUUUCAUGUCUCGGUUUUGUUGUAAGUCAGUCCUAUAUCUCCCUUCCCUUUUCAGAAUAAUUAAAUUUUCCGUUUUUUUUCAGUCUGCAAAAGUUUUUACAGGGUUAUGUGCAUCUACCUGGUCUUGAGUUAUUAGUGAAAUAACUGCAGUAACUUUAGUCUGAACUGAAAUUGGUAUAUUUAUGGAAAAACUGUUUGAGGAAAAUUUGACGUUGCACCCAAUGACAGGUGAGAAUUGACAGCAUUCACCAUAUGUAUAUAUAGCGGUAUGUUUUUCUCUGUUGAUGACGUUUCGUUCUUUGAUUUCUCUUUUAUUUGUCAAGGAUCAUUAUCAUUACAUGAAUUGAAGACUUUGGUUAGAGAGAAGGAAGUAGAGUUUAUGUUUUUUGUAAGAUUAUAUAACAUCGGGUAGUGGUGUUUUUAAGUCGUCUGUAAGCAUUGCAGAGCAUCAGCAGUGAGAUGGCAGUGAUAUUAAUCAUCUGCAGUUUAUUAUCAUUAUUAUUUGGAGCAUUCCAUAAUUGAAACUUUUUUUUUUUUUAAUGUAACCCUUUUUUUAAAAAAUCUUUUAUAUGUGCAUAAUUUACCAUUGUAUAGACAAACUAUUUUAUCAAAUUGACAGUAAUAAGUACAUCCAGAAUAGGUAUUAGUGGAUGGGGAGGGGGUGGGGGGGGAGGAAAGCAGUUUGGGAAAGGGGAGCAACGCAGAGCAACGUCUGUGCAAGGAAUUUCAAGGAAGGAAAUGGAACGUUUAUUGCUACCGCUCAUUAUUUUCUCAUGUGGCGUAUUUAUUUUGUUUUUAUUAUUGUCACAUUUAUUAGUAUCUGCGUUAUUGUUGAUUAUAUUCAUUCAUUAUUAUUUAUUAUCUUUUGAUAGUGUUACGAUCAUUAUUACCCUUAUUAUAGUGAUUAGCACGAAUUUGCUCAUCAUUAAGGCGAUUAAGAUGAUUUUGAGGGCGGUAGUUAAAUUAUUUGUAGAAUAAAUCAGAUGAUUUUGGUAGCGUGUAUGUGAGUGAUUAUAGAUUAAGCGGACCAUUCAUGGGAAUUUUAGAUGUUUUGAAUGGACAGAAAUAUUAAGGCCCAUGAGAAACUAUCUGGUUGUGUACGUGUCGUUGAUGUUUAUGUUUCACUGCAAAUGUGCGGCAAAUGUGAGAUGUAGUUGUCACCUGGAUUUAUUUGUUAUUAUUAUUAUUUAUAUUUUUUAUUUAUUUAUUUUUUUUUUUCUAUGUGUUGUAAAGAAUGUGUUGUUUGUAGAACAGUUGAGCGAACAAGAUGAAAUGGAAGUAAAUAGUAAUUGUUAGUAUUUAGGUGUGUGUUGUGAAAAGAGAAGAGAUCAGAUGCAAAAGAAAGAAAGAAAAAAAAUAGAAAAAUUUGCAGAGGGAUCAAGAAUCGAUUUUUUUUUUUUUUUCUUUUUUUCCUUUCCCCCCAAAAAAAGAUUUUAUUUAUUUCUCUUUCCCAUUAGAAUAGGUCGCUUUGUGUGGCAGAAUGAAAAAUUUGCGUUUUUCGUUUAUUACUCCUUUGCCUUUAUUACCCAGUUUAAUUUCUUGUAAAGCCACCUUGAUUCUUUUUUUUUUUUUUUUUUUUUAUCUGAUUCCUUGAAAUCUGUUAUGUUUACACAAAUUGGUAAACAUUCUCGCAUAUUGUAAAUAAUUAAUUUAAUUUAUAGUAGCGUAAGUGCCAUAGUACAAAUUUUUAUAGUUCCUCAGUCUUGGGAAACUAGAUAUUAUAAGCUAUUCAGCUGUUUCACAAGGACGGAUUAAUCUUUGUUCUAUCCCAACUGUGUGUAAGGCUAGAGAAGCUACUUAAUUUUUCUUUUUUCUUAAUACCCAAUAUUUAUUGGUAAUGAGAAUCCAAUACUUUUGCUCGUAAAACAGAAUCACCAAGGCUUCUGGAAAUACUAGUUCGAGUAUAUGACCAGGAAAUGAUAAUUUUUUGUUUUUUUUAAUCUCCUUAUUUUCUCGUGAAGAGUAACAUUUAAUUGCAAAUCAAACCUUUAUCAGAAGUAUCCAUUUCAUUUUUUUUUUUUUUUGUAUUUGUGCGCAUUUCAUUUUUAUCGAAGCACUUCAUGAUUCAUUGAAAAAAAGCCGUGUUCUGGGGCGAAAAAGCAGAGUAAGGUUAUUUGGCAUAAACAUCGAGUGGAAGCAAAUAAAAGAUCCCAAGUUUUUAGCUAAAACAGGCCUCACAACAAUGUUACGUUGUUUUCAUGCGGAACCGUUCUGAGUGUGAAUAUACGUCAAGGUUUUAAUAUCAUGGGACAUUUUUUUUUUUUUUUUUCAACCUCAGUAUCAUUAGCAUCAUUUACUUUACUUCUUUUCCAAUAAGGUUGUAACUUUCAGGUAACACUUUUUUUUUUUUUCGUGUCUUUAUUGUGUGUACACUUCAAGAAAUCACACAAAUACAUGCACACACAAACACACACACACA